GUGGAGCGUUGUCUCCACGCGCUUCCCGCUGCCAGUGGGUUAUGCUACUGCUUCUUUGGCGGCAUACUUCACCGUCACUUCAGCAAUUCUUUAUAACACACACGGAACCCCCUUCCCUCGUCCACUCACACAAGCUGUACCCGUCACCUCUCUCCCUCUCUCCUGUUUUCUUGGAUUCGAAUAGGUUGAAAACCCUAACUCUCUCUGCUACUGAGCGUGUUUCGCGUAAGUGAGUGAAGAAUGGGAGCUUCAUACAACGAGGACUUCCCGAGCUCGAGCUACGCUGCAUUAACGGAGGAUCGGCGGCUCUUGAAGCUUAUCCACGAUAACGUGCACGGCAACAUCUCACUCGAUCCACUCUCUCUGAAGUUCAUUGAUACAGAACAGUUUCAGAGACUUCGUGAUUUAAAGCAACUUGGUGUAACACCCAUGGUCUAUCCUGGGGCUGUACAUUCCCGGUUCGAGCAUUCACUUGGGGUAUACUGCUUGGCUGGUGAAACUAUUAAUAGAAUCACGAACUACCAAGGCUUGGAGCUUGGGAUUGAUCAUUUUGACAUACAGACAGUCAAACUUGCAGGAUUACUGCACGAUGUGGGCCAUGGACCAUUUAGCCACAUGUUUGAGAGCGAGGUUCUGCCCAGGGUUCUCAAUGGCUCUACAUGGUCUCAUGAGGAAAUGUCUCUGAAGAUGAUAGACUACAUGGUUGACAUGCAUAACAUUGACAUUGAUCCUGAAUGUCAGAAGAAAGUGAAGGAAAUGAUAGUUGCUAGCUGCAAAAAUGCUCCACCAAAAAAUCUGAAAGAGAAGUGCUUCUUAUAUGAUAUUGUUGCAAAUGGUCGAAAUGGAAUAGAUGUAGACAAAUUUGAUUACAUUGUCCGUGACUGUCGUGCCUGUGGACUAAGUUGCAAUUUCCAGUUUCAGAGGCUACUGGAAAAUAUGCGAGUUAUAGGUGGUGAAAUAUGUUACCGAGCAAAGGAAUAUCUCACCAUCUACAAGUUAUUCACCACUCGAGCUGAUCUGCAUCGGACAGUCUAUAUGCAUGCUAAAGUAAAGGCAAUAGAACUCAUGAUUGCGGAUGCCCUCAUAAAAGCAAAUGAUUAUCUUCAAAUUGCAUCCAGCAUUCAGGAUCCGGCUGCUUACUGGAAGUUGGAUGACUCAAUAAUAAAGACCAUUGAAAUUUCUUCCGAGCAAGAGCUUAAGGAAUCUAGGGAUCUGAUCCUGCGGAUCCGGAGGAGGGAUCUGUACCAGUACUGCAACGAGUUUACUGUUCCCAAGGACAAGCUCGAGCACUUCAAAAAUGUUACUCCCCAAGAUAUAAUUUGUUCCCAGAGAACCGGUGGUGUCACGCUGAGAGAGGAAGAUAUAGCUGUUAGUAAUGUCAAGAUUGAUUUGACAUGCGGAAGGAAUAAUCCUCUUGAAAGGAUCAACUUUUUCAAGGACUACGACAGCGACGAGAAAUUCCCCAUACGGGACGAGAGCAUCAGUCACUUGCUGCCUGCAUACUAUCAGGAUAUGAUCGUGAGGGUUUACUCUAAGAAGCCUGAGUUGGUGGAAGCAGUUUCUGAGGCAUUUGAGAACUUUCAAAUGAGGACAUAUGGCAUGAAAGCCCAAGUACACGCAACUCCUGAGAAAAAGAAACGACGCCCAAGGUGAUGUCAUUUCUUCUUCAAGUACACUCCUGCCGAUAUUUUUUGCCACACCUUUGGGCUGGAAAUUGUAUGUAUUCCCCAUAUGUGAUGUGAUUACCCAAGAGCACUUUCUGUAAGUGAACCCACAUAUUAAGAUGCCCCCAGCAGCAGACACGGAUAACACUCUCCUAUGAUGUAAGUAUCGCCUAUAUUUGAUAUUGUUCACGUGAUAUUGACCAAAUAUAUGAACGUCAUUAAAGACGCCCCCCCACCCUCUUGCUGUCU